AUGGUCGUCUACUACCAGAUUGCCGGCAAGAAGGUCGGCUCCCACGUCCUUGCCAUGGCCACCCUUGGCACGAUGUUCGCUGGCGCCUGGGCUGCUACCGGUAGCAGCGCCAAGCCUAAGACCGCUGCUGGUCCCCCCAUCAACGCCUCAUCCAAGGAGGAGGGUGACUUCAUCCAGAACUUCCUGAAGGAGGUCGAUGGAGGCGACAAGAAGCCCGCUUCUGGCCACUAA